AUGUUCCGCUCCGCUGGGGUCAUCGACGCACUCCUCCCCCUCGCCGCCGCCUCCUCUCCCCAGGAGGCCAAAGCAGCCGAUGCGGCGGUCCGAGCCCUGGUGAAUCUGCUGGCGGAUGAGGAUGUGAAGGUGGAGCUGAUUGGGCACCUGCCGCUGCUGGUUCAGGCGCUGAAGCGCGCGCAGCUGCCUGCGACUCGCGCCGGCAUGGCCCGGAUUUUUAAAGCGAUUGCCACGAUAUCGGAUGAAGCGUGUAAGGUGGUGGUGGAUGCGGGCGCCGUCCCUCACUUAGCUAAGUUUGUCGAUCCGAGCGCCGCUGCCGCGCCGGCCAACCCGGCCCCGACGGGCGGCGCGGCGGUGGCUGCGGCUGCUGCCGCAGAGGAAGCGUCCAAGCAAUGCGCGGCGGAAACCCUAGCGAUCCUCGCGCAGGUGCCCUCGAAGCGGAGCCGAAUGGUGGCAGACGGGGCCGUUGGCCCUCUCUCCCUCCUCGUGCUCUCCACCCCGCCGAACGAAACCCUAAUUGCGGCGGUGACGGCGCUUGCAGGGCUGGCGGGCGUGCAUGAGGGGAGGGAGGGCAUGGCGGCAGUGCUGCCGACGCUGGUGAACCUGUUGAGGGUGGAGGAUGAGGGUGUGAUGGCGCCGACUCUUGACGCGCUGCUGCUGCUGGCCAAGCACAGCGCGGGGUACCGCAGUGGCAUCCGGAAUAACGGGGGGAUGCGGCACCUCAGGAACGUGCUUCGCGUGGGACCCUCCCCGCUCCACAACAAGGGCAUGGAGCUGCUAGCGGCGCUCUUCUCAUAG